AGUCAUUGUGGAGAAGGCAAUAUAAGACGCCGUAAGCAGAGGAGCUUUAAUAAACACGAAGUCCGGUUGCACUGAAAAGACAGCUACACCAGGCAAGGCUUUCAGGAAUAUCCGGCUUGCAACUUCGUAGAAGUGAGUCACGUGUAUGGAGUGAGUUCCGUGAAGUUCGGUUGUUGUGUUUGUGGUUUCAGCUACGCAGAUGAAGCUUUAAUGAUCUGAUGUCACACACUACGUGAAGAUCCCAGCGUUCACCCUCUGCGCUAACAGAGACCGUUGGAUUGCUGGGCUAUCAAAACAUUUAGAGUUAAAGGAGACUACUUUGAAGGUACGAGGGCAAGGCUUCCCACUGACUACGGUCGUGUCGCUUAAAAGUAAAGAUGGCAAUGGCAAAGCUGCGAGACUUGUUCCAGUUUCUUUGUCUGUUGUACUGCACCGUUGCUCCAGCUGCUGGUUACUCACAAGGACCACCUGUCGGUACCUGCCUCACAGUUUUCCCAAAACAUGGCCAGGAUUUGACGUGGCAAUCCUCUGGACCAUGUCCCUUCAAGAUCAGACUCUCCAGCGAGACAUACAGUCCUUUACAAAACAUCACGAUUACAAUUGACUCCGAUGACGGUCAGGAAUUUCGUGGAAUCCAGAUCAGUGCUCACAGAAAGUCCCUUAACAAGGAGGAAUUCCAGGGAACUUUCUUGUCCUUUACACCAGAAGACAAGCUCCAGGCAUACAACUGUAUGGGAGGUCCCCAAAACCAGAUAGCCCACAAGAACAACAACACCGUGACUCAAGUUGUGUUGGUGUGGCAGGCACCGGAAAUUAACGCCGGGGAUAUCGUCUUCAAAGCGACGUUUGUUAAAGAUUUCGUCACGUUUUGGGCUUGGGAGACGAAAGACAUUCGAACAGCGGACGAAUCCACAGUGGUUCCACCAACAAAUCCGCUGGAAGAUCCAAAGCUAGAAAUGGACGACAUCGAUUUUUCUGGAUGUGGGUCAGACAGGGGAUGUUUCUUGUACCCCAAAAUUUGUAGCGGCGCCGACUGUACUGCCGCUAUAACUUAUCAAAAGAAUGAUGACUCUUACACGUUUGAAAUGAUGGCGAAAACGUCUGGUUUCGUCAGCCUCGGGUUUUCCAGUGACACCAAAAUGGGUCAUGACGUCACUGUCACGUGCACCGCUCGAGACAAUAGUGUGACAGUUCAAAAUGGCUACAACCCAGAAUUCUACAAUGAAAGACUUUUUGCGUACAACCUCACCGAUCUGAGGGUUAAGAAGACCACCGAUUCUGUGAUGUGCCGAUUCACCAGACCACGUAUUCUCGGUCUACUAAUGGGGAAUGCACUUAAUGACCCCUCUGAAGCGAACAUUCACAACUUCGACAUGGAGACACAAUCGUAUAUUAUGUUGGCUUGGGGGCACCUUCCUUCAGGUACUGACAUCAUGGGAAAGCACAAGGAGAUCCCAGCCAUGUCCGAUGUAAUGGUCAACUUUCAGGCUUAUGCAACGUAUACUGGAUCUUCCAUGUCUAAAGAGUACCAAGCUCAUGGCGCUUUGAUGAUCGUCGCCUGGAUGCUGUUUGCUGGUCUUGCUACUGUCAUCGCAAGGCACUACAAGGACUUGUAUGAAGACAGCAUGUUUUGUGGUACCAAAAUAUGGUUCCAGCUUCAUCGAGCCAUUGCUGUCAGCAUCCUUGUCAUGACUGUCAUCAGUUUCAUCAUCAUCUUUGUCAAAGUGGACAAACUCUCUGAGGGUGCUGGAAGGAAUCACGCUAUCGUCGGGAUCGCUGUGGGCGUGGCAGUCUGUUUGCAGAUUCUGGGUGGUUUGGUGAGACCCGGCGGCGACUCAAGUAUCCGCCCCUUCUUCAACUGGGGACAUCGUCUACUGGGACAGGGAGCUCAUAUCUUGUCAGCCGUGAAUUUCAUAUUGGCUUUCAACAUGGAUUACAUACCCGACACAAUGAAACACUACGGCACCAUCGUAGUGGCGGUAUGGAUCGCUGUGCAGAUAGUCUGGGAGCUGGUCUUUGAGUUCUGGUCCUGCAGGAAGAACAAAUCUUCCGGGAGUGAAAACAUUACUGACCCGAAAGGUAUGAGUAUUCAAGACACAAAACGCCAACCGUCGAAGGUGAACAUCUUCAUGCUGGCGUUGUACAUCCUGACCCUUGUCGUCUUCGCUGUGGCCGCUCUCUGUGGAAUAUUUAUUUUCUAACCUACAUGUCCUAUACAUACCAGUUUUAUACCUCAAAUUCUCAUACAGGAUGAAGGGUAGUAUAGUGGACAGUGCGAUCAAUGGUCAUGCUGGAGAUCGCCCUUUGGUAUCUCCAAGUGUACGGUGAAGCAAAUUCUGAUGGUGAACGCCGUCCACGCUCCACCCACUCCAUACUGAUAUCAUAACAGGUAGAAUUUUGAAAACAUAUAUCUUGUGUAGAUAGUAAAACUAUCUACACAUAUGUACAUGUAAACAGAUAGUGUCUGUGUUCGUUCACACAGGUUUCCAAAAUUGCAUUGAUGGACCUGUUCUUAAACUUUGGUAAAUAUAUUUUUGGAUUAAAAUACAAUUCACUGAUAUCUUCUGUGAGCAUAAUCACAGUCUGAAUUACAAAGGCAUCUAUGAGACAGAUUCGUAUUGGUGUGGUACAUGAUAAAAUCAUUAUUCCACCAUACACGACUACAUUAUCGUGUUGUUGACUGUGCAUACAGCCCAAGACAUCUCAUGGCCACAUGAAUGUAUAUUUCUCUUGUAAAUCAUUAUGGUGAAUUGGCAAUGAUAAAAUAGUGAAAUCAUACUGCAACGUUUUAAAUACUUGAAAUAAAAUAUAUCGAACGCAA